UGGAGAACUGUAUUUUAUAUUUAAACAUUAGCAUUAUAAAUCCUGACGUGCUUUGGGUUAUUGCCACCCCAGGUUUUUCAUGAUAGUUUAUUCAUUGUGAUCAUAAUGUUCCUAAAAUAAUCCCCCCAAAUGAUUUAUUGGAUUGAGUCUGAAUUGCGUGACUCUACUAUUUUUCUUGCUCGCUUGGAUUGGACUUUGGGUGCCAGUUUCUCAGAUUUUGGUUUCUCUCCCUCUAUCAUCUUUUGUUUAAUCACCAAAUAACAUUUCCAUAUUUUGACGCAGGACAGCCUUAUGAGAUGGACUCGCUUUUGGGCUGUUUUCAGACUUGGCCAUUUUGAUCCAAACAAUCACAGUGUAAUUUAUAAUUGCAAAGCAAUCAGAUUUAUUAGCUCCUGCCACUGCCAGCUAAAUAUUUUCUCGGUCCUAUACAUGUAAUUACUCCAUGCACCUUCACUGCAAUAACUCUGAAUGAGGAAAUAAGCAGUAGGAAGCCAGAGAAACGCGCGCUGGUUGUCCGCCACUGCUCUUGAAUGUGUGGUCCAGUCUCAGUGUUGAAAGGACAGCUCCCUCCGCGCGCCGAAAGCGUCGUUCAGUGUUCAAGAGCUUGUCUCCCCCUAGCUUUCAUGCGCCGCAACUGCAAUUGAGCGUUUAAUUCCAACAGCUAUAGAAAGACCUACGGAAGUCCAGAGAGGACAUAUGAAUAAAAAAAAUAUUCCCUCCUAUUGUGGAGAUAUUUUCUUGUGAUCAUGACAUAACAACAAUUGUUAAGUUGAGAUCACAAGGUCAUUUUCUAGUGAUCAUUACACAACAAACGUUGUUUUGUCGAGUUCACGAGAUGAACUCUAUACAUAGGAGUGGAUGUAUUGAUGAUAGCUUGACAAUAUGGCUAAGGCAGAGCCAAGGGUGGAUCAAUGCAUCCAUUUGUAUUUUGAUAAGGAAUUAACCCAGGCAGAAAUAGCAUUUUGUCUGGCAGUUAUAUAUUGCUUCCAGUUUUGGCUCCAGUACAAUCACAUUUUAAAGACAUGUAAAAGUGAUGUUGCACUACAUUUUAGUCAUUUAGCAGACGCUCUUAUCCAGCACUACUAUUUUAAAUUGAAUGUUGAAUGUUUAUGGCAAGAAAAGUUAACAUUGAGGUUUGUGGUUGCAGACUACCAAUGAAAGUUUAUUUGAAUUUCUUGAAUAGUUUUAACAGGAAGGUUGGCCUGUCAAUAGCAGCCAAACACAGUCACAAACAACAAUUAAAAACUAGUACAGAAAAAUCAAACUAGUUAAACAGGUGAAGUGAAUCACAUGUUGAGGUUUCUAAAUACUCAAACAUUUCAUGAAGGUUACUGUCACGUUCCUGACCUGUUUUCCAUUGUUUUUGUAUGUGUUUAGUUGGUCAGGGCGUGAGUUGGGGUGGGCAUUCUAUGUUAUGUGUUUCUAUGUUGGGUUUAAUGUGUUGCCUGAUAUGGUUCUCAAUUAGAGGCAGGUGUUUGACGUUUCCUCUGAUUGAGAACCAUAUUAAGGUAGGCUGUUCUCACGGUUUGUUUGUGGGUGAUUGUCUUCCGUGUCUGUGUAUGUCGCACCACACGGGACUGUUUCGUUUUCGUUCGUGUAUGUAGUCUGUUCCUGUUCGUGCGUUCUUCAUGUUAUUAUGUAAGUUCGUUUGUUCAGGUCUGUUGACUUCGUUUAUUGUUUUGUAGUUUGUUCAAGUAUAUUUUCGUCUUCAUUAUUAUUAUUAAAAUCAUCAUGUAUUCCACCUACGCUGCAUUUUGGUCCAAUCCUUCUCGCCUCUCCUCAUCCGAGGAGGAGGAAAAAUAUGACAGCCGUUACAGUUACAGUCUAUUUGUCAUUUCAGCCAUAAGGACAGCACCGCCAUUCAUCCAGUUAUAAAAAUCAUCUCACUGACACAUUUCUGGCGGCAGGUAGCCGACCAGUUAAGAGCGUUGGGGCAGUAACUGAAAGGUCACUGGUUUGAAUCCCCAAGCUGGCAAGGUGGAAAACAACUGCUGUUCUGCACUUGAGCAAAGCAGUUUACCUCCCAAAACCACUGUGUAGAUGACAUUGAUCAAGGCAGCCCCCGGCAUCUCUCUCUGAUUAAGAGGGGUUGGGUUAAAUUCGGAAGACACAUUUCGGUUGAAUGCAUUCAGUUGUCCGACUAACUUGUAAUUCCUCCGUUUUUCUUAUAUUGCUGGAGGUUUGAUAAGAAGACCCAGGCCUAUAGGAUACUGACAACAGUUGUGCUCUUAUCAAAGAUCUUAGAUCUUUGUAGAGUCCUACCGCCUUUGGUCCACUAUGACAGUGCUGUCAAUCUAUCAUCAAUAUAUCCACUCAUAUUUAUAGAGUUUAUCUUGUGAUCUCGACAAAACAACUUUUGUUAUGUUGUGAUCAGAAGAUAAAUAAGUUGGGAUCUCGACAUAACAAUGCAAUAAUUGUUGUAUUAAUAUGUGCUCUCUGGACUUCCUUAGAGAACCAACCAUAGGCCUACCAUACAUUUGUGCAAUUAACUCAUGCAAUGUAUGGCUAUAGUUUGCGUAUGGAUAUUUUUCUGCCAUUCCAUUAGGGCGGAGUCCUGUCGUCUCUUGCUCCUCGAAAGAAGGCCCAUUAAUUUGAUCUUCCUGGUGAUUCUUCAGUCCAACUCUUCAACUAUGGCAGGCUUCUCCCUCCAUCACUCAUCUCUAAUGUUUACCCAACCCAGCCAUGUACACAGAUCUGGGGGCCCAUUAGCCCGUGUCCCAGUGGCUUUACAGAGCAAUUAGCAAACAAAUAGCACUGCUAGUUUUGGCCAGGGACUCUGUGAUCUCAACAAUCCGAUGGAGCAAAUAAACUGAUGCAUGAACAAUGGAUUGGGACUGGGAGCUGGGUUUGGGUCCACAGUGACUGUUGCAUAGGGUUGGAGUAAGAUGUCAACACAAGAUCGACAUGAUCUGGAAAAACUCUGGGCCUAGUUUUAGGUACAACCUAACUGGGCCAGGAUAUUUUCCUGGGCAAGUCAUAUGAUCAGGAAAACCUGCUGGCCAUAGUCAUCCGUCCUAAUUUGAGUGUUUUUAUAAUGCAGGCCAUUUUGAACCUGGUUACUAACUGUAUUGGCAGUCCCUAGCGCCCCACUCAUUAAUAAGCCUGAUGUAUUAGACCCAUGGGACCCACCUCUGAUCUACACAGCCCUUCCAUUGGAUAUCAAAUAAACACUUGAGCCUAUAAGGUGAGCAGAAACCUGGCCCUGGCACACACAUACCACUGGCUCUGUCAUCUGGUCUGUGAGCUUCAUCAUAAAAGAAAAGUCAUCAUCAUUUUCUUCCCAAGCAUUAGGUUAUGAGCUGUGGCCAAUGUCUCCGUGACACGUUUGGACAAGGUGAUGUGUGUUUCUCUUACUUCAGCAUAUAUCAGUUCUGAACAGAGAAACUCUCCCUCACACUGUAGGUCUUUAAUGUGCGACUGAGAUGAAACAUUUUCAUCGGUGUCUUGCUCUGAAUGGAAACCUCACAUACUUUUUUCUCAGCUCACUGUGUCCUCUCUCUCUACUUAUUUCUUCCUCCAUUCCUCUCAUCUGGGUCAAGAUGAACAAUGCUUAGUCUCUGUAAUCCCUAGUCCUGUGGUAAAUGCAUUUUUUCCUAUGUCAAUAAACAGCACCUUCAUUUCACCCUCAUAUUUGUGUGUAUUUUUCAUCUGUCUUUCUGUGUGUCUUCGUUUGCUUGUCCUUCCCCUUUUUUCAUCCAAUCUGGAUCCCUCACUCACACUACCACUACCACUACCACUACCACCAGCUGGGAGGGGGGCCUUGUGCUCUGACUAAAGACCUCUCUGAUUCACCGUCGCGGCCAGGAUUUGGGACACCCUCGCGUUUAUUAAACAAUUACCCCUGACAGGCGAGCCUGCACCAAUCAGAGGGAGCCCAGUUCCGCACCCACACAACUUCCAAAUGGACUCUUUAAGUCAAUCUGUAGGUCCGGCCUAAUCAGCACCCCUGGAGCAUUGGCUUAAGGAAUUUUAAAGUAAAUUGUGCUCUGGAGUAAAAAAGAUGGAGGAGAGGGAGGAGUAGGAAGAAAAGUGUUGGCCCACUUUGAAGGAGGCAGCAGCCCUUUGAACGCUAGUCUAGAUCCCUGUUAACUGAAGGUGAUCCCCAUUAAGUGGUAGUCUCUGGGUGAGGUUCUACCCUGGAGCCGUUUGGUCUCUGGGGUCGAUCUCUCUAGUCUCUACAGCUCUGCUCUGAGGCAGGGAGGAAGGGAUCCCAGAGACAGGGCUGCACUGCUGCCAUAGGGGCUAACAGUACAGUGCAUCAUGUGCUUCUGUAGUCUAUAUUAACAGGGUACACAAUGGAUAUGGUUGUGUUGGACAAACUGCAUGAAUCCACCAAGCUCAUCCCAUUGCUGACCUCACUCAAAUGUCAUCCCUUGCUUUCAUUUUCCAGUCUGUUUCACAGGACAGUGUAAAAAUACAACUAUUUCUUCCCCUCUAAAUGGAUAGCAUAAUGUUUUCAUUGUGGCCAUUGACAGUUAUUUUAGAUAAAGGUGAUGACUGGCAGCUGGCUUCCAGAAUAACUAGACUCAUUCACCAGGGGGUGCUAGUCUUCUCUUCACCAAGUGGAUGUGGGGGGCAUGGACCUACUUAUUGUUUCUCAUCGUUACCAACUGAUAGACCACAGUCUCCAUAGCAGUCCCAUUCUCAGACUGAGAGUAGCCUAUGAACCAGGCUGCCAGUGGAAACAUGUCCCUAUGCCACAAAAUUGUUUGCAUUCCAGUUCCAUCCAACUACAUUCAGACAGUCAAAAGACAACGUACCAAACAUCUUCCCUGCCACCAUCCCCAUCUUCCUCCCCUCUCUCCACUAGAUUGAUUAUCUGUGUAAUGAAUUGAAUCACUCUCAUGACAGGUGCCACAAUUCCUCCCUACCCCGCUAUCUACUCUUCCCUUAUCUCUGUGUUCCUCUAUUCUUCUGUUUCUCUAUUCCUCUGUUCCUCUGUUCCUGUAUUCUUCUAUUCCUCUGUUUCUGUUUUCAUCUAUUCCUCUGUGCCUCUAUUAUUCUAUUCCUCUGUUCCUCUAUUCUUCUAUUCCUCUCUUCCUCUAUUCCUCUGUUCCUCUAUUCCUGUAUUCCUCUAUUCCUCUGUUCCUGUAUUCCUCUAUUCCUCUGUUCCUCUAUUCCUCUGUUCCUGUAUUCCUCUGUUCCUCUAUUCCUUGGUUCCUUGGUUCCUCUCUGUCCUGUUCCACUGUGUUCUGUGGUGUUGGCCUGUGUGUUAGCCUGUGUUCUUCUCCACUGUUCUGCUGUGAUCCCCAGUCUUCUGCGUCUUUGUUUAGCUGUGUUCUCCAGUGUUCUGCGGCUGUGUUGCAUGUUGAGGACACUGCCCCGUCAGCAGCGGUUCCUCUCUGAUCCCCGGGUGCCUGCUCUGAGCUGAGCUGAGUGAGCGUUCUGACAUGUCUCUCUCUGCUGCAGCGCCUCAGCUUCUUCACCUGACUGGUAUUCUGUGGCUGUGAUCCACACAGGCCGCCUGGAUGGCAUCCAAUCAGGGUUCAAUACUGGGUCAUUGUCUUCGUUACCCAAUGUUCCAUAAAAGAUCAGCAUUAACAAGGGAGCUCUUGGGCCAGUACAUCUCAGACACCCUCAGCCACAUUCACAGAGUGAGGGAGUUCUGUGACAGGCAUUCCAAAUGGGCCCUUCAGAGGGAGACAGAACUGGAAAUGAUGAGGGACAUCAAGGAGAGGGCAGACAGAAUUGACCUUAAGUUCGACCAUGUCCGUAACUCAGAGACCAAGGCCAAGGCAUUUGGGGAGUUCGUAUGGAGCGGUCUGACCCAGGUGACUGCAGACAGUAGGUGUGAGGAGCUGGAGAAGGAGCUGGGGGCUGUACUAAAGGACACUCUGGGAGGCCUGGAGAAGCUGGAUUACUUCCUGCAUGCUGUGGAGUGUCUGGCGGUCACCUGUCUGUUGGUGUUUGAGGAGAACAGGUUCCUCUGUCUGCCUCAGGGGACGAGCCCUGCCAGUGUUCAGGCUGUCAUCAUUGCCGCCAGAAUGGCCUGCCCUCUCCUCAUCUAUUUUAAGAGGGAUGCUAAGGCCUUCUUUAUUCCCAGCCUCCUCAAUGUAGAGGUGCUGGCCUGCCAACUGGAUAGAUACAUACAAAUCAGCCAGCAGGUCUGUAAAAGGAUGGAGAAGGGAUUACAGAUCAGACCACAGCCUGAGAGUAAACUUGGUAGCUCAGUCAGUCAAAUGAUGUUUUGGAAAAAGAGGAAUGACAUCCCUGUGGUCAACCUUGGUGAUGUGAGUGAAGAGUCCAUACAAAAUAUGCUCCAACAUUUGAAUCAGCUGAGUGAGACCAGGAUGGACCCGCACGUCAGACUAACGUUCCUGUUCCAAGGGGCUGCUCAGCGCUUCAUUGGCCGGUUCAGCCAGCGCCGACCCAGGAUGGAGCAGUUUCUGACCAAGCUGGAAGAAAAUGCUGUGCAGCUGGACAGGAUGAAGCUGGGGGCUAAGAUCUCCAGUGUGGCAGGCAGCUCAGUGGGGGCGGCUGGAGGGAUCCUAUCCAUCGUGGGCUUAGCUCUGACCCCUGUCACUGCUGGGGUGUCACUGGCUCUCACCAUUGCAGGGGUCAGCCUGGGGGUCACCAGUGGGGUCAACAGUUUAACUACUGGUCUCACAGAGAUGAAAGUCAAUAGCAUCCAUGAGAAGAAAGCCAGUAAAGUCUUCCAGAAUUUCAUGAAGGAUGUGGAGAGUCUCCAGGAGUGUCUGGAGGAUGUGGCCAGGAAUAUAGAGCCCAUCCUGGGGCAGAGCAGGGUGGACAUGGUUGGAGCAAGGAAUGUGAUUGCCACCACUUGGACCAUCGGAAAACGCAUUGACUCCCUAGUUGACCUUUCCUCAGGUUUUAAGUCAGCAGAAGUCCUUAGAAACAAAGAUCUGAUCACAAGCGCUGGUAAGUUGGCGCUCCAGGAAGGCAAAGUAGCACAAAACCUGCCCAAGCUAGCCGAGGACAUCCCAGACAUUGGACAGGUGGCCAAAGGCACCCCACUAGUCCUCUCCAAGUCAGCGCGGGCUGGUCUCAUCACCCUCAACGUCCUCUUCAUUGGCCUGGAUGUCUUCUUCAUCUGUAAAGACAGCGUCAGCCUGGCCAAAGGCAGCAAGAGUGAGAGAUCCCAGCUCAUCCGUGCCAGAUCAGCAUUGUGGCGCACAGAGAUGGACUCCUGGCAGAGGAUCCAUGACUCGCUGUGUAGAGGUCUAUUAACAUUAGAGAAAAGUCAGAUCGUCCUGGAGCAGCCAUUUUACCCUCUGGAGGAGAAGCUGAGAGGGAAGAAAUCGAUGUGUAUGACACAGUAGGACAACAUAAAUGACUGAACAGUCUUUGAAGUUAGGGCCUCUCAAACAUACUGUACAGUGGCACUUAGAAUGUUAAACAAUUAAAAAUAAAGAGAUGACACACUUUUUUCAUUUUCAUCACUCAUUCUGUACACAAGUCUAAUUUUAUAAUCAACUUUACAAUUUAAUGUUAUAAGAAAUAAAACAAUCUGUUCAAUUUAAUGAAACGUAGUCAGUUUAAUAUCAUGGCCAUAUGUUUCCAAAAUAUGUGUUCGGUGUAGUCAAAAUACUGAAAGUGAAAUGUAAUAAUGUUUCCAAUAUUGUGCUGCUGACAUGUACCUUCAUACACAGAAGACAUAUUCCUCACUUCACUGGAAGUUGAAGACUUCGUACACAGGGACAGAUCAAAAUUUACUGGGGGGAGGGGCUUGUCCAACUCAAGGUGUCCUAAAAAAAGCUCCCUCCCCAAAGUUACAAAUAUUUCCACAUGACCCUCCCCUUGUACUGUAAAAUUAUUUGAACACCCUCCCCCCUCAUAUAAUUAACUCAAAACCAUUUUUAAGACCACAAAUAACAAUAUCUGUACCGAGCCUGUGUUUAUAAUCGUGUAUAUAGACUUUGCCAGUUCAGCAUGCUUGCAUGCCACGGCGUGCUACGGGCCAGAAGAUUGAGGGUUGUCGUGGAAAUUUUAACCAGAAAAGAAGAGACUGUAGAUCCUUCAAACAACAACUUUUUAAAAUAAGAUUUGCAAAUCGGGGGCUGGUUAACAAUCACUCAAAAGUUGCAAAAGUUAAGAACCCAACAAAGAAUAGUUUUGUCUCGGCUUUUAUAACCUUAGUCUACGUGCCAGUUUAGCAGGUGUGUAAGAUCAUGAUGGGAACAUAGCGUAAACAACUGAUAACGCCAGUUUUGUUACUCCUUUCUGCUGAUAGAAUUGUCGCUGCUGCUCAAGCUAGCCUCUGUUCUAUUCAUAUCUCCACACAGCUGUGCCCUUGAAAGAUACAAAAAGAACAGGAUGGACCAAAAACUGGUCACUCUCAGACGGCCCUUUGUCUUUGGCCGUGUGACUAAGUUACUCAAAAACAAGAGAGAAAAAACACUGGCUUCUUCUUACAUGAAAAAAACAAACAGUGGAAAUGUACAGGAUAAGGCUUAUACAGCGCAUGUGCAUAACAAAGUUCGUAAUUCCCACCAUAGGGUUCGCCAACCAACACAGACGAGCUCACUCUCCCUGCCUGUUUCAUGACACUACGAUCAGAGCUGGUUGCAGACAAUCAUCAGCUUGGGGUGAAUCAGAUUUUCAAAAUGUCUAUACCGUAUUCAUAAUUACAUCAAAUAUAUGCAACAAAUUUUCCACCAACAGGUUUCUUUGCCAAUGACCACACAAUCUAUAAACAAAGCAUACUGACUUCGAGCACUUCAAUAUUGGUUUGCAUUUCAACACCACAAUAAAUAGGCUACUUGUAUGUCAAUCUCGACAAACAGAAAAUACAUCCCUGCCUAACUUGUAGGCUUACCCAGUAUUGAAGGCUUGGCUUGACAAUCUCAAAAUGUCAUUCACCUUUUUGAUGUUUUGUAACAGAUGUCUCUUUCCAUUCCUCAAUUGGCCGCUGCACAAUUCGGAUUGAUUUUAUUUGUCAGUUAAAGAAAUACAUACUGUAUACAGUGCAUUCGGAAUGUAUUCAGACACCUUGACCUUUUCCACAUUGUGUUACGUUAAAGCCUUAUUCUAAAAUGGAUCAAAUAUUAUUAUAUUAUAUUUUUUUCUCAUCAAUCUACACACAAUACCCCACAAUGACAAAGUGAAAACAGGUUUUUAGAUUAUUGAAAAUGUAUUAAAACCUCAAAACAAUAAUACAUUAUUUAGAUAAGUAUUCAGAAUCUUUGCUAUGAGACUGAAAAUUGAGCUCAGGUGCAUCCUGUUUCCAUUGACCAUCCUUGAAAUGUUUCUACAACUUGAUUGGAGUCCACCUGUGGUAAAUUCAAUUGAUUGGACAUUAUUUGGAAUGGCACACACCUGUCUAUGUAAGAUCCCACAGUUGACAGUGUAUGUCAGAGCAAAAACCAAGCCAUGAGGUCGAAGGAAUUGUCCGUAGAGUUCUGAAACAGGAUUGUGUCGAGGCACAGAUCUGGGGAAUGGUAGCAAAAAAUGGCUGCAUUAUUGAAGGUCUCCAAGAACACAGUGGCCUCCAUCAUUCUUAAAUGGAAGAAAAGCUGGCCGCCCAGCCAAACUGAGCAAUCGGGGGAGAAGGGCCUUGGUCAGGGAGGUGACCAAGAACCCGAUGGUCACUGACAGAGCUCCAGAGUUCCUCUGUGGAGAUGGUUGUCCUUCUGGAUGGUUCUCCCAUCUGUGCAGCACUCCACCAAUCAGGCCUUUAUGGUAGAGUGGCCAGACGGAAGCCACUCCUCAGUAAAAGGCACAUGACAGCCCGCUUGGAGUUUGCCAAAAGGCACCGAAAGGACUCUCAUACCACGAGAAACAAGAUUCUCUGAUCUAAUGAAACCAAGAUGGAAUUCUUUGGCCUGAAUGCCAAGCGCCUUGUCUGGAGGAAAACUGGCACCAUCCCUAUGGUGAGGCAUGGUGGUGGCAGCAUCAUGCUGUGGGGAUGUUUUUCAGCGGCAGGGACUGGGAGACUAGUCAGGAAAAGAUGAACGGAGCAAAGUACAGAGAGAUCCUUGAUGAAAACCUGCUCCAAAGCGCUCAGAACCUCAGACUGGGGCAACGGUUCACCUUCCAAUAGGACUUAGACCCUAAGCACACAGCCACGACAACACAGGAGUGAUUUCGGGACAAAUCUCGGAAUGUCCUUGAAUGGUCUAGCCAGAGCCUGGACUUGAACCCGAUCGAAUAUUUCUGGAGAGACCUGAAAAUAGCUGUGCAGCGACGCUCCCCAUCCAACCUGACAGAGCUUGAGAGGCUCUGCAGAGAAGAAUGGGAGAAACUCCCCAAAUACAGGUGUGCCAAGCUUGUAGUGUCCUAUCCAAGAAGACUCGAGGCUGUAUUCGGUGCCAAAGGUGUUUCAACAAAGUACUGAGUAAAGGUUCUGAAUACUUAUGUAAAUGUGAUAUUUCCGU